AUGUCUUCUUAUAAUUUUACUGGUACGCCUACGGGUCAUGGUACCGGUGGUGAUUCAUUAACUACAGAUUUAACUGGCCAAUUUGAAUUGGCCAACAUGGUAUGGUUAGGUGUAGGUGCAGCCGGUGUUUGGAUCAUGUGUCCUGGUAUUGGUCUAUUAUAUUCUGGUUUAAGCAGAAAAAAACAUAGUUUAGCUUCUUUAUGGCUAUCAUUGAUGGGUGUCUGUGUCGUUUCUUUCCAAUGGUUCUUUUGGGGGUUUUCUUUAGUCUUUUCACAUCAUUCCAGAUCUCAUAUGUUAGGUACUUUUGAAUUCUUUGGGUUUCGUGAUGUCUUAGGUGCACCAUCUGCAGACGCAGCUGUCCCUGAUAUUACAUAUGCUGUCUUCCAAGGUAUGUUUGCUUGUGUGGCAGGUGUCCUUAUGGUAGGUGGUGGUGGUGAACGUGCAAGAUUGAUGCCAAUGAUGAUCUUUUUAUUCAUUUGGAUGACUUGUGUCUAUUGUGUUUGUGCUCAUUGGUCUUGGAAUCCAAAUGGCUGGUUAGCGAUUCUAGGUGAAUACGAUUUUGCAGGUGGGUUGAUUCAUCAAACUGCAGGUCAUGGUGCUUUAAUGUAUGCUUUAAUCCUAGGACAUCGUGAUCGCGAUAAAAACACUAAGUUACCUAAAUAUAAACCUCAUAGUGUAGCAAGUGUGGUCCUUGGAACUGUUUUCAUUACCUUCGCUUGGUUCUUCUUUAAUGCCUGUUCUGCAGGUAAUGCAUCUAUUCGUGCUUGGUAUGCUUUGCAAAAUACUAAUUUAGCUGCAGCUUCUGGUGGUUUGACUUGGAUGUUCAUUGAUUACUUCAGAUACGAUGGGAAAUGGACUACCGUAGGGUUAUGUUCAGGUAUUGUCUCAGCUUUAGUCGGAAUCACUCCAGGUGCUGGUUUUGUUCCUGUUUGGGCAUCCAUGGUCAUCGGUAUCAUUACAGCUGCUGGUUGUAAUUUUGCAGUUGAUUUGAAAUAUCUUUUGAAAAUUGAUGAUGGUUGUGACGUUUGGGCUUUGCAUGGUGUAGGUGGUUGUAUUGGCUCUGUAUUGACAGGUAUUUUUGCCGCAGAUUACGUUAACGCCACGGCAGGUGUCUAUGCUACUCCUAUUCCAGGUGGGUGGUUGAAUCAUCAUUGGAAACAAGUAGGUUAUCAAAUUGCAGGUAUCUGUGCCAUUUGUGGAUGGACUUGUGUAGUAACAGCUAUUAUCUUACUAAUAAUGGAUAGAAUUCCAAUGUUAAGGAUUAGAUUAUCUCCAGAAGAAGAAUUACAAGGUACUGAUGUCGCACAGAUUGGUGAAGUUGCCUAUGAGGAUGAAGAAGAGGAUUACACAUUCGAACCACAACCUAUUAGAUCAAGAAUCUCUGUGAUUGCCUCUUUGACUCAUCAAAUUAAACAUCCAAUGGGUGGCAAAGAUGAUAAGAUUGAACAAUCUAUGCCACAAGUGGUGGAGGCUGCAGCCAUUCCAGAUACAGGUUCUAAUUCAAAUUCAAACUCGGAUGAAGAAGAUUCAAAGAAUAAAGAAAAGGAAACAGUAUGA